AUGACGGUGGGGGGUGCUUCUACCUCGAUGCCUAUCGUUGCACCUGGUUGUCUGUUGGUCGAACCUCCAUCUGUUCCAGCUGGGUUAGCUAGGUCACCCAGUUUGAUUUUCGGUCUUUUAGGUGGCGGUGAACCAGAUCGGGUUGAAAAUGUGAUGCGAGAGGAUGAUUCGGAUGAUGAGCCAGAUCACAUAUUGGGGGACAGUGAUGAGGAUACUUCUAGGAACCCACCAGCACGUCAGGGGCCAUCCAGUUCUGGGUCACACCAACACCCGCCGCAUUUCUCAACGUUGAACUUGGAAGCCGUCGCCCAGCAACCGGACAUAGAUCCCACUUUCGAAGAGUCAGAUCAUCUGAAGUAUCAUGGGAUAUGCAAGGAGUUCGAAAACGGUUGCACGUGGAUGGUUCGCAUUACACUUCGACAGCGUAAAGGUAAUUGGGAGGUUAGAAGGUACAAUGGAACUCACACUUACUUGGCCACUUUGAUUUUGAGCGACCACCGACAGCUCAAUCACCAUGUCAUUUGUGCGAGGAUCUUUCCGUUGGUUAGAGCGGAUGUAGCAGUUACGAUAAAGGUGUUGCAAGAAGCUACUGAGGCAACCUAUGGAUUCAAGCCUAGUUAUAGGAAGGUGUGGAUGGAAAAACAGAAGGCAGUUGCAUAG